AUGAAACCCCGAUCCGAUGAGCCAAGCUCAUCAGCAUGCCCACACCCAAUGUCCAACGGUACGUCGCGAUCGUGCACGAUCGAACCGACGGGGAUAAGCAGUCAGCAUCGAGGCUUUCGUCACAAAUCGCACCACCGUCGUCAUGGAUGGUCCCUGGGGCCGUCGAGCGUGGCAACACUGCUGGCAGCACUGUCAACACUCGCCCUGUUCACGGUCACACUCGCGACAACCAAAUCCGGAAGCGCUUCCCACCCUGCCGUACUGAUCUCGAGCGAUGAACCGACGGCGCUGGCCCUUGCCGCAGCCGCUGGCCAAAAACAAUCGCAGCAAACGUACUACAACAGCCGGGGUGGCAACACUCCGCAACGGCAACAGUGCGCCCUGUCCGAGCACACCUGCACUAAUGGACGGUGCAUUCCGUGGGACAAGUACUGCAAUAAUGUGAAUGACUGUGGUGAUGGCAGCGACGAGCCACGCUUCUGCACACGGUGCAACCGUACGUACUAUGGCAACAUCGGGCUGACGUACAAUCUGGAGCUGCACCGACCGAAGGAGGACCGGAUACCGUACGUGUGCAUCCUAACGUUCACAGCCGCCGGUGGCAACUACGGUGACAUCGUGCAGGUGACGCUAGACAGCUUCACCCUCGGACGGUUCGUGUCGUACACGGAAAAUGGCUGCCCGGACGGUUAUCUGCAGGUUUCGGAAGCGAAACGUGCCAAUGUCGGUGGCAUGUGGUGUGGUACGACCUGGGGACCGGCCAUCUUCUACAGCGAGACCGAUUCCCUGGUCAUGACGAUUAAGCUGUUCAAGCUUUCGCGUGACCAGAGCGGAUACAACUUCGACUUCCGGAUACAGUACAAAAUGUUGUCGCGUGCUAGUGCGGUCGUACGGUACGGUGGGCACAGGCACGAGUACAUUCCACCAUGGACGAAUGUCACGUACAUCCCGAACUAUCCGCUGAUCGAGGACUUUACCAACUCGACCGCACACUCGGAGCAUCAGACGUACCAGGAAACCGGGCUCGGUACGGGAUCCGGCCAGCAACGCAAUCGGAUGAUAUCGCUCGGUGCUAACGAUCUGCCCUAUCCGACGACCUACGACAAUAUGACGCGCGGCAUUGGACUGCAGCGGGGCGGUGGUUCCACCACGCUCCACGGAGGCGGUUCAAUGUUUGGGCGCAUGAACGGGUCGACGGACUGGAUGCCGCUCGGGUCCGGCGUGCCACCCCGCAAGCAGCUAAACUACACCGAACCGCAGUACUACCUAGGGGAUCUUAUGCAGGGUACGUUCUGCUCGCGAAUAUUCACCAACUGCGACAAGAAGGUUUGCCGAUUGCAGUCGCCCAACUUUCCCGGCAUUUACCCCAGGAAUUUGACGUGCUACUUCGCCGUUAGGCAGCACGAUGUCCCGCCAGGUAAGCAUGCGUUCAUCGUCAUCAGCCAACCGAAGGGAAAUCUCGUGUGGAUAUCGACCGAGGCAUCGGCCGGUGCCACCUCGAACGCCGCCCGGGGAGAUGAGAAAGAAAAGCACAAACCUCGCCUCCAAACUUGGAACGAAUGUGACAGCGUGCAGGACAGCACGAAUCCGAAGUGGAAAUCUACGGACUACAUUACGGUCUACGAUGGGUACACAACUCGUGAUCCAAUCAUUUUGAAGAUAUGCGGCGGUGGUCAAGCAAUACCGCAGGCCAUCUCGAGCGGUCCGGAGCUGCUGGUAGAGUUCACCACAUCACCGUACGGCACAUUCAAUACGCCGCAAACCAGCGGACACUCGCUGCAUGGUUUUCAACUUGAGGUCUCGGUACGUUUUGUUGACAUCCAAACUCCGACGUACGCGAAAAGUAAGCGUGUCUGCGAGUUUUGGGUCCGAGGAACUGGGCACGGUGUGUUACAGAAUCCCUUACAUUCGCUAGCUCCCAACACCACCUGUCUCUACCAUCUGCAAGGUACUGAAGCUCGCGCAUUGGAUGCAAUUAACAUCCCACGCCGCUCUGGUGCGCUUUCCACCUCACCGACUCGCUUCAAGGUGUGGAUAUCCGUUAUGAAGUUCGAGCUUGCACCUGAAUUCGGUGCCACCGAGGAACAGCUGCUGCAGUACCAGCGGACUGAGGACUGCAGUGGUAUGCUUAGGAUAUGGGAUGGACCUCUUAGAGAGGUGCCCAGUUGUAAGGAUUUCGACUGUCUCACCACCGAUAAAGAUGGAACACAACGCAGCAGCAUACGAUUCGGUGCGAAUACGACCAACAUCAUCGCCCGGUACUGUCGCGGCUCCGUGCCGAGAUCCUGCGAUCACGGCAUCCUCAAUAUGAGCAGCUCGCGACCAUGCACCCUGUCGGAGAGUUACGUCUCGAGCAGUGAUUUUGUGACGCUGGAGCUUAAAACGUCCGAUUCGACCGUGCUUCGUCCGUUACAGUUUGCGCUGCGGUAUGAAUUUGUCGAUCUCCUGCAGGACGGUACCGCGAUCGGGAGUGAAAAUGAAUGCCAUCGGCGUUUCGCCAGCAGUCAGAUGGAACGCAAAGGACCACAUCCUAUACGCAGCGUGCGAAACAUAUUCCUUUUCGGCCGCGGUGGAGCAAAACAUUUACACUGCAUCUAUCGCUUCGAAGCACAACGUGGAGAACGUGUUCGUCUCGAGAUUAAUCGUGCGAUGACCGGUAACCGGACGUGCGACUCGCGCGUUGAUCCCGACACGGGUCGAUCGUACUGCUUCGGCGAUAGUACGGCCCGGGUCGAGAUCUUCGAACGUCCCUGGCACGAAUCGAUUCUCUUUCCGCGUGGAUGUGUCUGCAAUUCGACCAACAAUUCCUACCUGCCGAUCGUGUUCACAUCUACCGGCCGCGAGGUUGAGAUACACUUCAGUGCCGCCAACAUGACCAAUGGGGAUGAUCCCGAUUCGCUCAACUUUGAGGCAUCGUACGAGUUCGUGAAGGGUCCAAUGAUGUGCAAGGACGUACGUCGUAAGAACGCCAUCACCGGUGUAGUAACCCUGUCUUCGGGCGAUAUCGAAUGUCGUAACCGCCCAUGGCUGAUUGAACCUUCGUACGAUCGGUAUCUCUAUAUACGUCUGAAAGGGCUAUUCCUGCGGAAAUUCAAUCCAGCGACUCCGCUUGCAUAUAACGCCAGCUUUAGCGCUGUAACGCCGAUACGCUGUUACACUAAGUCACGCGUCAUCAUAACCAAUGGGGAAGGUAUCUCGGUGACCGCCUGUCCGCUGCCCGAAGAGACCAAGCAUCGGCACGUGGUCGAGGUGUUUAGUGCCGGCUGGGGUCGUAAGCAUCCGUUCUUCGGCACAGAAGCAUCACGGGUCGUUUCGGUGGAGUUCCUCAACCCAGACGACGGUGGCCAUUAUGCAUUUAGUUGGCUGGAGCUUACCAAACGAACAUCAGCAAGUUAUGCUUUAGUACAGGAAGAAUGCCCCUAUCUUUGUCCCGAUCUGAACGCUUGCGUGAACGCUUCCAUCUGGUGCGAUGGCAUCGAACAGUGUCCUUCGGGAGAGGAUGAAGCUUUUACACACUGUUCGGCGCUGUUACGGCUUCCGGCGGAAAUACUGGCCGGACUGAGUGUUCUUCUGCUGGUGUUAUGUUGCGGACUAUUCGGAUAUCUAUACAGAAAAAUCAAACGAAACUGCCGACGGACGAGCGUGCUCCAAACGCGCCUGAAAUCGCUCAGCUCGAUGGAUACGGCCGUGUUCGAGGACAAGGAGGUGAUUUGCUGA